AUGGGAGUUCCAACCAAGAUCAGCAUUCUAGGUCGCGAAAGCAUUGUCGCUGACUUCGGCAUCUGGCGAAAUUAUGUGGCUAAGGAUCUAUUAAGCAGCUGCUCCUCUUCAACCUACAUCCUUAUUUCCGACACCAACCUGACGCCCCUCUAUUUGGAGGGCUUCCAAAGGUCCUUCGAAGAUGCCGCAACGAAUGUCUCUCCCAAACCGCGUCUCCUCACAUACGAAAUACCUCCCGGAGAGUCUUCAAAGUCUCGUGAGACAAAAGCGGACAUUGAAGAUUGGAUGCUUGCCCGCCAACCGCCAUGCGGUCGAGAUACGGUGAUCAUUGCCUUGGGGGGCGGCGUUAUUGGAGAUUUAAUCGGAUUUGUUGCAGCUACAUAUAUGCGUGGAGUCCGCUUUGUGCAGGUUCCUACAACCCUCUUAGCAAUGGUUGACUCUUCUAUUGGCGGCAAGACAGCCAUUGAUACGCCCAAUGGCAAAAAUUUGAUCGGAGCCAUUUGGCAACCGCAAAGGAUCUAUCUGGAUAUGGAGUUUUUGAAUACCUUACCUGAGAGAGAGUUUAUAAAUGGCAUGGCCGAAGUGAUCAAGACUGCAGCAAUUUCAAGCGACGAAAAGUUCGCAGCACUAGAACGUGAUGCUGAGACUAUAUUGGCAGCCGUCAAGUCCAAAAACACACCAGAACGACCGCGAUUCAGUGGUAUCGAGGAGACGCUGAAAAGAACAAUUUUAUCCUCUGCAGAGUUCAAGGCGCAGGUUGUGUCAGCGGAUGAAAGAGAGGGCGGACUGCGCAACCUCCUAAACUUCGGGCAUUCUAUCGGUCACGCAAUAGAAGCUAUUCUAGCCCCACAGGUCCUUCAUGGAGAAUGUGUUUCUAUAGGAAUGGUCAAGGAAGCCGAACUAGCUCGCCAUCUUGGAAUUUUAAAUAACGUUUCCGUAUCCCGCAUAUCGAAAUGCCUUGCCAGUUAUGGGUUGCCAACUUCUCUCAAAGAUCAGCGAAUAAAGAAACUGACCGCUGGCAAACAUUGUAGCGUGGAGCAACUGAUCGCGUAUAUGGGCGUCGAUAAAAAGAACGAUGGGCCCAAAAAAAAAGUCGUGCUUCUCUCUGCGAUUGGACGCACACAUGAGCCACGGGCAAGUACAGUGUCGAACGAAGAGAUCCAAAUCGUACUUGCGCCAAGCAUCGAAGUUUCCCCAGGUGUUCCAAAAGGCCUUGAUGUCACCUGUACGCCCCCAGGAUCGAAAAGUAUCUCGAAUCGGGCCCUCGUCCUUGCUGCAUUAGGGUCAGGUACAUGUCGCCUCAAGAAUCUCCUCCACUCAGAUGAUACUGAGGUUAUGCUUAAUGCCCUUGAACGGCUAGGUGCUGCUACAUUCUCCUGGGAAGAUGAGGGCGAGGUGCUUGUAGUAAGUGGCAAAGGCGGCAGGAUGGAGGCUAGUCCCAGUGAAUUGUACUUAGGAAACGCCGGGACUGCGUCACGGUUCUUAACGACUGUCGCUACGCUUGCCCGAAAAAGUAGCGUCGACUCGAGCGUGCUCACUGGAAACGCCCGGAUGAAGCAAAGGCCCAUUGGCGAUCUUGUUGACGCCCUCGCAGCCAACGGCGCUAGCAUCGAGUAUCUCGAAAACCUAGGUUGCCUUCCACUCAAAAUUGCCUCUUCGGGAGGGUUUGCCGGCGGGGAGAUAAACCUUGCUGCGAAAGUGUCCUCCCAAUAUGUGUCGUCAUUGUUGAUGUGCGCUCCGUACGCUAAAACGCCUGUAACCCUGAGACUUGUGGGCGGGAAGCCUAUCUCACAGCCUUACAUCGACAUGACCACUGCCAUGAUGCGAUCGUUCGGCGUCGAAGUCAAAAAAUCCGAGACGGAAGAGCACACUUACCAUAUUCCCCUUGGCUUCUAUACUAACCCCGUAGAAUAUAUUGUUGAAAGCGAUGCCAGCUCUGCCACAUACCCCCUGGCGGCUGCUGCCAUCACUGGCACUUCCUGCACCGUCCCGAAUAUUGGAUCCAAGUCUCUUCAAGGAGAUGCCCGAUUCGCCGUUGAUGUCCUGCGGCCAAUGGGCUGCGCUGUGGAUCAGAGCGAUUUCUCCACUAGAGUUACCGGUCCUCCAGGAGGAAUACUGAGCCCGCUGCCCAAUAUAGACAUGGAGCCCAUGACAGAUGCAUUUCUGACUGCGUCGGUUCUUGCUGCUGUUGCAAGAGGCAAGGGGUCGAAUCACACGACGCGGAUAUUCGGUAUCGCAAAUCAGAGGGUCAAAGAAUGUAACAGAAUCAAGGCUAUGAAAGAUGAACUUGCCGAAUUUGGGGUUGUUUGUCGAGAACAUGACGAUGGCCUCGAAAUCGACGGCAUAGACCGCGCGACCCUGCACCAUCCGUCAGACGGCGUUUAUUGUUAUGACGACCACCGCGUUGCGAUGAGUUUCAGCGUUCUCUCCUUGGUGACUCCCGAGCCAACUCUGAUUCUCGAAAAGGAAUGUGUUGGAAAGACGUGGCCCGGUUGGUGGGACAGCCUAGCUCAGACUUUCAAGGUGAAAUUGGAUGGCAAGGAAGUAGGCAAAAGAACAGAAACGAACCCUAUUGUCCACGUAAACAAAUCUGCAGCAUCGAUUUUCAUCAUCGGCAUGCGAGGUGCAGGGAAGACGACAAGCGGUUUUUGGGUUUCCAAGGCACUCCAGCGUCCAUUCAUUGACUUGGAUGAUGAGCUCGAAAGAACUGAAGGUAUGACGAUUCCCGAAAUUAUCAAACAACGGGGAUGGGGAGGAUUCAGGGAAGCUGAACUCUCACUACUACGGAGGGUAAUGACUGAGAAGCCAACGGGGUACAUUUUUGCCUGUGGUGGAGGUGUUGUUGAGACUCCUGAGGCCCGCAAGCUCUUGACCCAAUAUCACAAAACUACAGGCAACGUCAUUCUUGUCAUGCGAGACAUUAAAGAAAUAAUGGAUUUCUUGAAAAUUGACAAGACGCGUCCAGCGUAUGUUGAGGACAUGAUGAGUGUGUGGUUGCGCCGAAAACCAUGGUAUGAGGAAUGUAGCAAUGUUCAAUAUUACAGUCGAUUAACUGGAUUGGACGGGAUGACACAGGUUUCAGGUGGCUUCAAUCGUUUCUUAAAAGUCAUCACCGGCGAAGUGGACAGCCUUGCAAAGAUGAGAAGGAAAGAAAAUACUUUCUUUGUCUCUCUUACACUUCCAGAUCUCAGUCUGGCUGCCCAUAUCUUGAAAGAAGUCACGCUGGGGUCAGACGCUGUAGAGCUGCGAGUUGAUUUGCUCAAAGAUCCCCAGUCUGAUAAUGAGAUACCGUCUGUUGACUACGUCGCUGAACAGAUAUCCGUGCUGCGCAGUCGUACUUCGGUGCCUCUUGUAUUCACUAUCCGUACAAAGGGUCAAGGUGGUCGCUUCCCCGAUGAUGCAUACGAUGCCGCCUUACAACUCUACCGUCUUGCCGUCCGAAUGGGAUCUGAAUUUGUGGAUCUAGAAAUAUCGUUCCCGGAGCAGCUCCUACGUACGGUGACUGAAAUGAAAGGCUUUUCGAAAAUCAUCACGUCCCACCAUGAUCCCAAGGGGCAAUUGUCAUGGGUGAAUGGUUCAUGGAUUCAGUUCUACAACAAGGCUCUUCAGUAUGGAGAUGUGAUCAAGCUUGUGGGUGUUGCAAGGUCAAUUGACGACAACAUUUCACUGAAGAAAUUCAAAACCUGGGCAGAGGAGAAACACAACGUCCCCAUUAUCGCCAUCAAUAUGGGCGACAAGGGCCAGCUAAGCCGGAUGUUAAAUGGUUUCAUGACACCAGUAUCCCAUCCUAGCCUACCAUUCAAGGCAGCGCCUGGUCAACUUUCCGCCAGAGAAAUCCGAAAGGGUCUCUCUCUCAUAGGCGAAAUCAAAGCAAAGAAAUUCGCGGUCAUUGGGAACCCAGUCUCUGCCUCUCGGUCUCCGGCAAUGCACAACACUCUCUUCAGACAAAUGGGCCUCCCACACACCUACGGGACCCUAGAAACAGAUAAUCCUGAAGUUGCCAAAGAAUUCAUCCGCUCCCCUGGCUUUGGCGGUGCCUCCGUCACCAUUCCUCUAAAAAUAAGCAUCAUGCCCCUCCUCGACGAAAUAGCGCCAGAAGCAAUGUCGAUCGGGGCUGUAAACACCAUUGUCUGCGCCCCGCCAGCACCAGACGGCAAAUCCCAAACCCCACGCCUUAUCGGCCACAACACAGAUUGGCAAGGCAUGGUCCGCUGCCUGAGCGACGCAGGUGCCUAUGCCGCAGCCACGCCCACCACCGCCUCUGCCGGUCUAGUUAUCGGAGGCGGUGGAACGGCCCGCGCAGCGAUCUUCGCCCUUCAGAACAUGGGCUACUCCCCCAUAUACGUGUUAGGCCGCUCGCCAGACAAGCUUUCCAGCAUGACCUCCACCUUUCACACCGACCACGAUAUUCGCAUCUUAGAAGACGUGAAAGCUCUAGAAUCUUUGCCGACAGUAGCUAUUGGGACGAUACCUGGCGAUAAGCCAAUCGAGCCCCACAUGCGAGAAAUUCUCUGCAGGCUCUUCGACCUAUGCGAAAAAGCAAAUUCAGACACUGAGCAGGCGCGCGGCGUCAGCACGAAACGUAUCUUACUGGAGAUGGCAUAUAAACCUUCUGUCACGUCGCUGAUGCAAUUGGCUAGUGAUUCCGGGUGGACGGUGUUGCCGGGGCUGGAGGCUUUGGUGGCGCAGGGGGUUUAUCAGUGUGAGUACUGGACAAACAUUACGCCUGUCUAUGAAUAUGCUAGGAAUGCCGUAAUGGGCGUAUCGCCAAGCGAAGAUAUCUUGUAAGAGACGAUCUGUUCUGCAUCUCGCCAUACUCCCAGAAACAGUACUAUAUGUCAAACAAUUUUAGUGUUGAAGUUUUACGACGUGAAACUUAUAAAUUGCGAGGGGAGAACGGUAAAAGGUUAUUUUUUUUGUUUUUUUUAACAAAGAACAAAAAAUGCAUAUAAUGAAUUUCGGCUUUUUUUUUGGCAUAUGACGAAUAGAAAGUUUUAACACUCAGGGUUAUUAUGGAAAAAAGGGGGGGAGAAUGAAAAGGAUCAAUUUCUUGUUUAUCUAGUAUAAUAAUAUUCUUUAUAUUAAAACAUAGCAAUUUCGCUCUUGG